AAUUACGGCUCAGUCCUGCGCGACUGCUCCAAGGCUAUCACUCUCAACGCGCGUUCUUCGAAAGCGUACUACCGCUCAGCUCUUGCGCUGGUGGCCCUUGAUAGGGCAGAGGAGGCGAUUGACGCUGCGACCGAUGUCUGCAGUUCGACUCUGAAAACAAGGGCGUGCAGUCCGUGCGUGCACAGGCACAGAGCAAGAAGGGACGCGAAGGAAAAGAAAGAGAGAGAGAAGCAAGAACGUUUGCGAAAGGAGCAAGAGGCGAGGUACAAGAUGCUCGCUGCUUUCAAGGAACGGAAUCUGAUCGUGCUGAAGAAGAAAGACGAUCUUGAUAAUCCAUACGAACCUCAUUUUGAUCCCGAGGAUCCAACGGGGACGUCGUUGAUCAUCCCCGUGUUCUUCCUCUAUCCUCAAUACGCGACAUCCGACAUAAUACCUGAAUUCGUCGAAGACACGCCGUUCUCCAGUCAUCUAGCAGUCAUGUUUCCACCCCAAGCACCGCCGCCAGCUUGGGACACGAAGCACGAAUAUGUGGAUGGGAAGUUGGCUGUGUACGCGAUGACGCGAAGGAAACGGUUGUUGAAGGUGGGCAAGAAGAUGUCGCUUCGAGAAGUGUGCACAGCCGCAAAAGAGAAGGAGGGCGAGCUCAAGGAUGGACUCGAGCUGAAAGACGGGUGUCUGACUUUCGUUGUGCUGCCCAAAGGAGAUGCAGAGAAGAAGUGGAUCGAUGAAUACAAGGCUACUCGGGAUAGCUGA